UGCCUGGCGAAGCGCGCGGCGCUGGCCGGCGUGCCCACCUACAUCGAGCACUUCAGCAAGUUCUCGCCCUCGCCGCUCUCCAUGAAGCAGUUCCUGGACUUCGGCUCCAGCAAUGCCUGUGAGAAGACGUCCUUCGCCUUCCUGCGCCAGGAGCUGCCCGUCCGCCUCUCCAACAUCAUGAAGGAGAUCAACCUGCUGCCCGACCGCGUGCUGCACACCCCCUCCGUGCAGCUGGUGCAGAGCUGGUACGUCCAGAGCCUGCUGGACAUCAUGGAGUUCCUCGACAGGGACCCCGAGGACCAGGCCACCUUGGGACAGUUCACGGACGCCCUCGUCACCAUCCGCAACCGGCACAACGACGUGGUGCCCACCAUGGCACAGGGCGUGAUCGAGUACAAGGAGGCCUACGGGGACGACCCCGUGUCCAACCAGAACAUCCAGUACUUCCUGGACCGCUUCUACCUGAGCCGCAUCUCCAUCCGCAUGCUCCUCAACCAGCACACUCUGCUCUUCGAUGGCAGCACCAACCCCGCGCACCCCAAGCACAUCGGCAGCAUCGACCCGCACUGCGGCGUGGCCAACGUCGUGAGAGACGCCUACAACAUGGCCAAGCUCCUGUGUGACAAGUACUACAUGGCCUCGCCGGACCUGGAGAUCGAGGAGGUGAACGCAAACAACUCCAAGCAGCCCAUCAGCAUCGUCUACGUCCCAUCGCACCUCUACCACAUGCUCUUUGAGCUGUUCAAGGUAAAUCCCCGCAUUGCUCUGCAGGACCUGCAGCUGCCCAAGCCCCUUGGGGACAGGCAGGCAAACAACUCCAAGCAGCCCAUCAGCAUCGUCUAUGUCCCAUCGCACCUCUACCACAUGCUCUUUGAGCUGUUCAAGGUAAAUCCCCGCAUUGCUCUGCAGGACCUGCAGCUGCCCAAGCCCCUUGGGGACAGGCAGGUGUCCCCUCAUCUCCCCAUCCGGCGCAUGUUGUGA